UGAGAAGGAGCUGUGGAACAGCCUCCCUGGUGCACCUGCUUUUCCUCCCUCUUUUUGUGGCUGAGGAGGAAGGACAGCAAACAGGGAUCUCAGACAACGUAAAAUGCCUGAACAAUUAUGGACUGGGGGGCUGCAGGGUGGACUGUGUUUGGCACCGUCGUGGCACCCCAGGAGAGGCACAGUUCUCCCUCAGUUUCUCUCGCCUUGUCCUUAGGCAGCCGGGAGCCCCAGCGCAAGAAAAGGCCGGGUCGCCUAAUGCUUGGAGCAUCCACAGUGAUGCCGGCCACUUCCGCUGCAACUUGUCUGCCUUCCCCAAAGCCCAGGAGACGUACAGAUGCUCCGCAGAGUGUGAAGACGAGUUCACAGAGAACGAUCAGUACCGCGUGUCUCUGCAGGCCGCCUUCCCAGGAAAGACCCUUGUCUACCCAGUGUUUGCUCUGUAUGAGCCCAGGAUGAACAUUUUAUGUGACCCGCCUGUUGACCUGAAGAGCAACAUGAGCAGCAACAAGUGCCGAAUCCAGUGGAAAAAGCCUCCUGCCUACGAGUACAUUUUCCUUGGGGACUGGCAGUGGGAGCUGGCCUUCAAGACCACGCAAGCUCCCUGGGAGCAGGCACAGACAAAGACCUUGGUCAACAAAGAUGCAUUUGUGGAAAUAGAUGGCUCACAGCUCCUGCCUGGCACAAAUUAUACCGCAAGACUUCGCUGCAAAACCCCAGACACGGAGGAGAGGUAUAGGAGUUACUGGAGCCCCUGGAGUCCUGCCACCACGUGGAAGACCCCGCCAGAAGCCGACGGGCCAAAGCUGCUGGACCCCAGCCACCUCAGGAGCCUGCUCUUCUUGGCCCUGCCCUUCUGCCUCGGGGCCCUGCUCCUCGCCCUCAAGGUCUUCUCGAGGGCCAAGGCCAGCUGGGGGGCCAAGAUCCCCACCCCGGCAGCAUUCUUCCAGCCACUUUAUAUCGCUCACAAUGGGGAUUUCAAGGAUUGGGCCGGACUCACAGAGAAGGGGCCUUGGCUGGCCAGUGGCAUCGAGAACCACAGCCCCACCAAAGGAAGCAGCAAAGGGGAUAAGGGGAAUGGAGCCCUGACCGCUUCUCCAAUAAAGGCUGUGACCCACAAGGGACCCCAGCUUCUGCCUGAAGAAUCUCCUGCCUGCCUGUACAUCAUGGUCGAAGAGGUGGCUCCUGAGCAGGUGCAGAAGGGGCUCCAGCCUAACUGUAGGCAUGGCGCUGAGCCCCCACUGCCUCUCCCCUGGGGAAGUUCUCUCUGGGUGAAAGGCCAUGGGGAGGCAGGGCAGGAGGGGGCCCCUCCUCUGAAAGGCAGGGAGGGUCCCCACCAUCCAGAGUGGGGGCCCCAGACCCUCCCCUCCUGCAGCAGCAGCAGCAGUAGUGACUACUGCAUGUGGGGCAGUGACAGCAGCAGCAGGCCAGGCUCCAUCGCCAAGACCAAGACACUGCAGGGCAUCUGGCUGGGGAGGCUCAGCAGCACCAGCGAGAACCCAUGCCAGGCUACUCCAGGCAGCCCCAGCCUCACAGACGCAAGCUGCAGCCCCCAGCUCUGAGACAGGGGCUUAGGGGUUCCUCCCUAGGCAGAAGGGGCAGGAAAGCAGUUUGCAGCUGGGGUCGCGUCUUGCUUGCCAUGGGGAGGGCAAAGGUAGCGGGAGGGGAGGGAGGCAACAAAGAGUCUUGUUAAAGACUAACCAGGCUGGUAUGAAAACAGGCCGGCCUCAAAGAGCUGCUAGACACCUCAGUGUUUUUGCUAGACAAGCCUAAAGGGGUGGUGGUGGUACUCCCUGGGCUCGUGGAGCUGCUUGGGAACUGGGGUGGGUUUGAAGCCAAUGUGAGGAGGCCUUCUCUGGGCCUCCGAUGCCAGGGCAGCUGCACUGCUGGAGGACCUGCUGGUUUCCAACAGGUUCUGCUUGAGCAGCUGUAGCAGUAUAUCCCUGCACCUUCCUUUGUGUCUCGUGCUCUUUCCAGAACCAAGACUGCUUAAAGCUACUGUUGUGCUCCUGCUUCCCCCACCCCACCCCACUCAGUGCUCACAGCAUGGGAGGGGGAGGAGGGCCCUUGUGUGUCCCCUCCUUGCCCACCC